AAUUGGUAUUCUAUACGUAUAGAUUUCGUAGAAUUAAAUUAUAAAGUUACAGAGAGAAGGUGGGGAGGAGUAUUUCAGAAGCUCACUGGUUCGCUGAUUUUGAGGCAGUGCUAGAGCGAGAGAGCGGAGUACUGUGCAAGUUUUCACAUGAUAUAAAACAAUAGCAUUGUGUAGAGUAUAAUACUGUAUUUGGGUCUCUUCUCUAAAAGUUUCAUAUCUGUGAAGUUUCUCAGAGAGGAGGAAAAAGCGAAACACCCAGAUAAUCGAACGUACAUUUGGGGUUUUCGGAAUCACUGCAGCUAGAAAUCUCUCUCUGUGUAUAUAAGGGAUUUUAGGUAUUUCAAGGAGGGAUUUUGGGGGUUUUAAGAGGAUGCUAAGAAAGAGGACCAGGUCACAGCAGAAAGAUCAACCAAUGAGUCAGCUAGCAAAGUCUGAUUCUGUUUCUGAGUCCUAUAAUCAAUCGGAUGUGCUUGGGCACAAACAGAAAAACAGCACCUUGUUCAGUAUACCUGGUCUGUUUGUUGGAUUAACUCCUAAGGGUUUAUCAGAUUCUGACUCUGUUAGGAGCCCAACAUCACCAUUGGAGUUUCGGGUGCUCGAGAAUUUACGCAACUCCAUCAGGUCCCCAAGGUCACCCCGAUUUGGGCAACAAAAGAGCUGGGGUUCUGGUAAAGUAGGCUUAAGCAUUAUUGAUUCUCUUGAUGAUGAUACCAAAACAUCCAGCAAAGUUCUUCGAUCAUCGGAGAGUAAGAACAUUCUUUUUGGACCGAGAGUGGGAGUGAAAAUCCCAGAUCAAACUCAAAUCAAUUCUUUUGAGGCAGCAAAGUCAUUGCCUAGAAAUUUUGCUAUUUCCCCUCAUACAAAGAACAAAUCUUCAACCCAAAAGGGAAACUCUGAUGUUCUUUUUGAAAUUGGAGAAACCCCAAUAGAACCUGAUCCAUUUGGAAAAUUCCGGUCUUGUUCAUUAGAUUCCUGCCGGUCAUUUUCGGUACGGUCUACUCCGACCCAUGUGAACUCUCCUCCUAAAUUGUUUGGAGGAUCCUCAUAUUCAAACACUUACUCUCAUACAAAUCUCACUUUCACCCCAAUGUCCGUUGGCUCUGGCAAUGGAUUUUCUGGAUCUCUCUCAGCAAGCGAGAUUGAGCUUUCUGAGGAUUACACUUGUGUAAUUUCACAUGGUCCUAACCCCAAAAAAACACACAUUUUUGGUGACCGCAUUUUAAAGUGUCACAAUAAUGACUUGAGCAAUUUUGGGAAGAAUGGAGAGAUGGAAACUGAUUUGCAACACAUGGAUAUAGUCUCCAAAACUGCAAGCCUUUUUAACUCUGGUGAUUUCUUGAGCUUCUGCUUCUCUUGUGGGAAGAAACUGGAAGAGGGGAAAGAUAUUUAUAUCUACAGAGGUGAGAAAGCAUUUUGCAGCUUAGAUUGCCGUUCCCAGGAGAUUAUGAUGGAUGAAGCAUUGGAGGAAGACACCGGCGAAUCUUCUGAGGAUUCUCCCACCCAAAUCUGAUGAUGGUGCAGAUAACUUUCUGAAACUGGCCUUUUCAUCAAUCCAUAGAGUUGCUUGCCUCAGCCAUGAGCCACCACAGUACCACACCCAUUAUUGAUGGAAAGUUUUAUGGAGGUAGUCACUUUGGAUCAUCUUUUUACAAAGAGCUGUUUAUGUGCAUCUGUUAGCAGCCAUGGAUGAUCGUUUUUGUACAUGGUUCGAGUUGCCAUUAGUCUUUCAGCUCUCAUGGGCAGGUGGGUGGGUUAUAGUUAUCAUAGUUUUGAUUUUGCUUUGCAUGUAUCAGACAGAUCUUCGUGGUCCAUGAAGGAAGUAGCCAGAUUUUAUGGCUCUCCUAUGGCUUUUGUUACUCCCUUUUAUCUCUAUUUUGACAGAGUUACGCCCUUUUGUUAAGCACUGUAAA